CUGCAGCCACGGCCAUCGCUCCUCUCCUACCUCUCAACCUUAGCAGGCUUCUUCAGACCCUCGUCUACCACUCUGCGACGGUUCAGUUCUCAACGAGUUCUCACCAGUCUCUCCACAUCCAAGCGCGCAAUCCUGUCGUCGAAUGCGUCCAGAAAUGCGGUUCCUGCAACAUCCUCGACACCUGGCGCGUUGUCCACGCAAGUACGCGGUAUGAAGACCAGAUCAUCGGUGAAGAGGCUAUGCAACGGCUGCAAACCCGUGCGAAGGAAGGGUCGAGUGUAUAUUAUCUGCAGCGAGAACCCGAAGCACAAGCAGCGG